AUGUCACCAGUCAUGACGCCAAACGUAGCCUUAGAGGUUCAGGGAACCAGCCUCAAGCUCCGCGGGGAUCCAGGUGAAUACAUGGCCUUUCCUGGGGACUUCAACUACGGGAGACUCAAGUCCAAGCCGCCGACUGCAAGUGAGAUCCUUGACAAGAACGUGUUGGAGUGGAUCGGGGACGCAACUGAGGGCGCCAUUGGAUGUAAAGACUGUGGGUCGUGCACCGAUACUAAAGACAAGAAGAAAAAGAAGAGACUCUGUUGUGGUUGCGUGAGUAUGGACUACAAGUGGUCCUACAGUGAUAUCCCGUCUUAUAAGGACUGUGAUGCCUGUUCAUCAAGCCCUUCAAACAGACAGUGGCCCUACGGAGGUAAUAUCGUUGUGCCAGGCCCACUCAAGCAGCGAGGCCUUGAACCAUCGUCCGAAUAUGAAGACGAGGAAUUUAAGGGCGACUCAACGCUUCAUCAACUUCACAGUUGGGAGCCUGGAGCGGCGAAUAUGGGCAAGAAGUACGUCACGAUGUGUGGAGAGAGGCAAUACGCCCGUACCCCUGGCAAGUAUCCUCAAUUUCCCCGAGAUGCCUCCUCCACGUGGGUCGGGAUUCAGAAUGGAAAAUGGGAUUCCAUCUCAAGAUGGUGGGGAAACACCUCUUCCUUAUGCAGCGACUGGAGUGUCGGACCCUUGAAGGAACACGACGUGGAAUUGACACCCGUUGGGAUACAUCGAGCCCAGUAUCAGACCGAACAUGUCUUUGAAGGCCAACUCAUUGGCGGCUUCUUCACCCAUUGGCUUGACAAAGGUAAAAUUGUCAAUCAGUUACCGAUGCCAAGGAACCCGCAACCCAUAUGGUCCUGCGAAAAUGCACUUCGAUACGUCGACAAAGAUAUUUCGUGGGGUAUUACAGACAGCAAGGGGAAUGUAGAGCUCGCGUCUUUCCUUAUGGUGCUUCUACGAGAACUUGGCAGCGAAGAGCACCUGGAUAGGCUGACGAUCUUCAAAGGCCGAGCCAAUGGAAUGAAAGGCGGAGUAAGUGCUGGAUCUACCGCUGCUUUAGAGAGCACAUUGCUGACCUCGAAAUAA